AAUCUUGAGGAAGAGGAUAACAUCAUCAGCAUACAAGGCUAUGCGGUGUUCGUUAUUCCCUACCUUUAUACCUAAAAUUGAUCCAUGUCCCCUGACUGCGAUAGCUAAGGGUUCUAUGUCUAUCAAAAACUAAUGUGGCGAAAGAGGGCAACCUUGUCUACCACCCCUCUUAACCUUAGUUUGUCUUGAUACAAUAUUAUUAGUUAUUAUUUUGGCAUUCAGGUCGUUAUACAAUAACUUUACCCAAUUGCAAAAUAUUUCCCCAAAGCGACUCAAAAGACCAAAUGGAUCGGAACGACCACUCCACUCUGUCAAAAGCCUUUUCGGCGUCAAAAGAUAGCAGGGCUGUAUCCGGCACACCCUCCUGGUCGUACAAAAUAUUCAGGACCCUUCCAAAAUUAUGAAAACCCUGGCGUCCAAUCAUAAAUUCAUGUUGAUCCUCUUUAAUAAUUUUGGAAGCAGCUUUUCAAGACGGCUCGCUAGUACUUUAGAUAAUAUCUUUAAAUCUGAAUUUAAGAGACCAAUUGGGUGCAUAGUUUCACUCAUCAUUUGCUUUCCCUGGCUUAGGGAGAAGUGUGAUCAGGACUCCUCUCAGUGUGGGAGGAAGUAUUCUGUUUUUUAAAAGAUUCCAAGAACAUUUCCAGAAGAGGAGUCUUUAUUUUUGAAAUAUAGAUUUUAUAUAGGUCUACAGGUAGUCCGUCUGGUCCAGCCCCCCUCCCAUACUUCAUUUUCAUAACUGCUUCAGAAAUGUUGUCUUCUGUUAUAUCCAUUUCCAACAUAUUGAUAUGCUUUUCCACCAAUUUGGGAACAGUAAGGCGGUUGAAAAACGUAUCCUCUAUUUGUUGUUGAUUUAUUUCAGAACUGUAUAAUCCCUCGCAAUCUCUAAAUGCCCAUUUAUUACUACCGGAUCAGUAAUGGUCUCCCCGCUCUCAUCCCUCAAUGCGGUAAUCGUUCUUUCAGUUUGCAGUUGUUUUAUGCACCAUGAUAAAUCCUACCAGAUUUUUCCCAUUGGUCAAAAAUGGAUUGUUUAAGCUUUAAUAAAUUAGCUGCUGCUUUGGUGGCAGAAACCUCAUUAUACUGCAAACGUAGGAGUAAAAUUUCAUGUAUCUUGGAACAUCUUAAAAUAGGCUUCUUUCAGAAUUUAAAUUUUUUAUUCUUCUAAUGUCAAUUUUUGUCUAACCUAUUUCGUUUUUGAACUCCUAAAAUUAAUAACUUGGCCUUUAAUAAAGGCCUUGAAAUCUUCCCACCUUGUGCUUGCCGUGGUUUCAUUAGUAUUCAACCAGAAAUACAAAACAAAUUGUUUCGCCAGGAAGUCAAUAAGAGCCAGUUGGGCUGGAAUUUCCAUUUUGGGGGGACUCGUCGUAGACCUGAUUCCAUAUAAAUCAAAUUGUUAGGGGCAUGGUCAGAGAUCAAAAUACUUUCAUGAGUACAAUCCUUUAUUUUAUUCAUCAAACUGGCCGAAAUCAGAAUGUAAGCAAUUCGUGAGUAUCAAUUGAAUGUAUUGGAAUAAUAUGAAAACAUUGACCGUUGUGGAUUGCGAUCCCUCCAGAUGUCCCCUUAAGUUCAGAUGUUUAAUAAAAUGUCGGAUAAUUUCUCUAUUCCGUUUGUGGGAGUCGUCCACGUGUAGAUGGUCUAUUCUUUCCAUCGCACAGUUGUAAUCUGCAAUAAUAUACAAUCCUUGCAGGGAAGCCAAAUUUAAGAACAGAUCAUAGGAAAAUUUAGGAUCAUCUUUAUUUGGAGCAUAAACAUUGACUAAAUUAAGGUACUCAUUAACUCAUUCCCUGCCAAUCCCGUCCAAAGACGUCAUUCAGAAUCCAUCUUUUCUCUGCCAAUGCCGUCUCAAGACGUCAAUUGCGUUUUUUAACGGGGUUGGGUGUGCGAGGGUCUUGUGCACUUUGUGUAAUCGUCAAGCCUCUGGAUAACUGCACUGAAGAAUGGCACCCUGUAGAGGGCAACAAUGCCUUGAGGUGAACGUCCCUCCCUCAGAGAAAGGAGGGGGCGGGGUGCAGGAGAAAAUGAGAAGACAUAAUGUAUAGUGUAAACAUAAUGGCGGAAAAAGAGAGAAGGCAAGAUAAAAUAAUAAUAAUCUAAAAAACGCUUUCAGUACUAGAAAUUUAUUGCGCCAAGGCAAGAAAAAUAUUCCUGCGACCGACGCCUCGGAAUAAAGGAAGACUCCUCGGAAUAAAGGAUGAAGCUCCAAGCCGAUCGCUUUGUUCCAAUGCUAUUGCCCAAAAUGCCGGGUCAUACAUAUGACGAGAUGCUCUCGGCCGCUUGCCAGCUGUGAUCGUCUGCCAACCAGGAUUCGAAUAAAUGGGAUCCGGAAUCGUCAGAUGAGUGAGCUCCCUCUGGAUAGCCUCGAAGCAGCCGAGCUUCCUCCAACGAAGAUGAAGACGAAGUCCUGCUGUCCAUCCAACGCCAUGGGAAAGAAAAGUCGAGCAAGGAUUCAGAAAUCUGGGUCAGGAGCUAGUGCCAUGGCUUCUCCCAAAGAGAUGAACAACUUAAUCGCCGAACUGCUGCAAAGGUGUAGCAGUGAAGCUCCGUCUGCCAGUGAAGAGUGGGAGGAAUAUGUCCAAAUUCGAAGUUUGGUGGAGAAGAUCACCAAGAAACAGAAGGGUAUGUCUGUAGUAUUUGAGGGUUGCAGACACAGCCAUUUCCAGGAUCUGGUGUCCUGGGCAAAAGCGAAUGGGGCUUCCUGUGAUGGGAUCCGAAUUGCCAACUUUGGAAAAGAAGGCUAUGGCCUUCAAGCUACAAGAGAUAUAAAGGCAGAAGAACUGUUCUUGUGCAUUCCAAGGAAGAUGCUGAUGACAUUGGAAUCAGCACAGAAUUCCAUCCUGGGACCUCUCCUCCGCCAGGACCGGAUUCUUAAGGCUAUGGGCAAUGUGUCACUCGCCUUCCAUCUGCUUUGUGAGCGGGCCAAUCCUGCAUCAAUGUGGCUGCCAUAUAUCCGCAGUCUUCCUCAGGAUUACAGUAUCCCACUAUACUACCAGCCGGAAGAGGUGCAGCAGCUUUUGGGCACACAAGCGAUUCAGGAUGUCCUCAGCCAGUUUAAAAACACAGCCCGCCAGUAUGCCUACUUCUACAAACUUUUACAGACUCAUCCUGCUGCCGGUGUUCUACCAUUGAAGGACAGCUUCACAUUUGAUGACUAUAGGUGGGCUGUGUCUUCAGUCAUGACCCGUCAGAACCAAAUCCCUACUGAGGAUGGCAGCAGAAUCACACAGGCCCUCAUUCCUCUUUGGGACAUGUGUAACCACACAAAUGGACUGAUCACUACUGGGUACAACUUGGAGGAUGACCGUUGUGAGUGUGUGGCACUCCGAAAUUACAAGGAGAAUGAGCAGAUCUACAUUUUUUAUGGCACAAGAUCCAAUGCCGACUUUUUCGUCCAUAACGGCUUCUUCUUCCAAGACAACAUCCACGAUCGGGUGAAGAUCAAGCUGGGCAUCAGUAAAAGUGAGAGGCUCUACGCCAUGAAAGCAGAGGUGCUUGCACGUGCUGGUAUCCCAGUGUCUUGUGUCUUUGCUCUGCACGCCAAUGAAUCCCCUGUUUCAGCACAGCUUCUUGCUUUUUUGAGAGUUUUCUGCAUGACAGAGGAAGAACUGAAAGACUACCUUGUGGGAGACUCCAUCAAUAAGAUCUUAAACCUGAGCAACCUUGAUUACCCAGUUAGCUGGGAGAAUGAAAUCAAAUUGUGGACUUUUCUGGAGACCAGAGUCACGCUGCUGCUCAAAAACUAUAAGACUACAUCUGAGGAGGACAGUAACCUGCUACAGCAACCUGACCUAUCGCCUCAUGCUCGUGUGGCAAUCCAGCUCCGCCUAGCUGAAAAGCAGAUCCUGCUGAAAUCGCUGGCCAGUGGACAAGCCAAACAUGUGCAUUUUGAAAAAAAAGUGGCAGAGGGCACGCCUUUGCCUUGCUCUGACAAUGGUGGCAUGGCUUCAUGUGAGAAUACUACUGCAAAGCUUCCGAUCAUGUUGCACAAGGUGGAGACGUUUGGGAAGGGCAAGGAGUUUGAGUUGGAGAAGCACUGUAUCUCUGAUUGGAGAGUUUGUGUGCAAGAUGGAGAUGAAAGCUAAUAGAUACCCAGUGCAAGAAUAGAGAUUUAGAUUAGCAAUAAUGAUUAUUUUAGUUCACAAUAUGUGACCCAGAACAAUAAAGAAUCAAAACGUAAACAAGGAUAAGUAUAAAUCUGUCAUCGAAACCAACAAAAAUUUCAAAGCCAAUGUUGAGUUAAUAAAUUCCGCUAUACUGCCACAGUUCAUUGUAUUUAUUUUGCUAUUUUUAUUUGUGUGUGUGUGUGUUAGACAAAUGACUCAGAAAUAUUGACACUCAGUCUGAUUUGCAAUAAAAAAUAGUGUAUGCAUUUGA